AUGGGAAAGCCUCGUGGACUCAACACGGCACGCAAGCUCCGCUCCAUCCGUCGCGACAACCGAUGGGCCGACGCUCACUACAACAAGCGUGAGCUCGGUAAUUUCUACAAGUCCUCCCCUACCGGUGGUUCCUCGCAGGCCAAGGGCAUCGUCCUCGAGAAGAUUGGCGUUGAGGCUAAGCAGCCCAACUCUGCCAUUCGUAAGGCCGUUCGUGUCCAGCUGAUCAAGAAUGGUAAGAAGGUAGCAGCCUUCGUCCCCAUGGACGGUUGUCUCAACUCGGUCGAUGAGAACGAUGAGGUUCUCAUUUCUGGCUUCGGACGAAAGGGUAAGGCCAAGGGUGAUAUUCCCGGUGUUCGCUUCAAGGUCGUCAAGGUCUCGGGCGUUGGUCUCAUUGCCCUGUUCCGUGGUAUCAAGGAGAAGCCCCGUUCGUAG